GAAAAAAUCAUAAUAUAUUUUUAUUUAUUGGCAUUGAAAAGCUAUUUUCUGCAGAAAAUUGCAUUUUCACUGUGUUUUGAUAGUUUAAAAAAUAACAAUCAUGUUGUUUUCUCAUUGAAAAUUAUUUACUUUUUAUUUAAUACAAAUUUAUCUACGAGAAUCCGCUUUGAUUAACAACCUCCCCUUACUCCCCUUGUUUCAUUUUUCGACAUCAAUCCACAGUACUACAUCUCAUGAGAUUACUCUCUCAUUUUCUCAAUAAUUGCGUCGCUUAAUACAAAGCCAACCGAUUGAACAUAACCUCAAAACAAUAUUAUUAAUUAUUAGUAUCGUAUUAUAUAGCGCCACGAUGUUUUUAUUCAUCUAUCACCAUUUCUAAAAAAAAAGACCCCUAGUUCGACCUUCACUUUCGGUAUUUCUUACAUUCCAUUGUUCUACAAAUAGAGAGGUUAUGUUUUUUAGAUAACUGUAGCAUCUUUCUUCAUUGUUAAUUGUGGAUCGAGCGUCGCUUUUAAUCUCAGUAUUCGUGUUGUGAGUUGUGUGUCUAAUUUCUAGUGUUGUUACAAUUUUUAUUACAACCUGACUCUCUUUAUUUGUUGUGAUUUUUGAUUACGUAAAUAUAAUUGAAUAAUAUCAAAGAACUGUAUCAAUAUGACAACCGAAAAAAUUAAUUUGAUUGGUGUUCCAAUAGCUAAAAUUAAUGGUCGUAAACUUCCCACUAUAAAAGAAGUUUUAUUAUUAUUUUUUUAUCAUCACAAAGUUCUUCAUCUAAAAGUCAAUGAAAGUGCAAAAAAAACUGCAAAUAUAGUUCAAGAUUGUUGGAAAAAUUUACAAAUUUUAACCUCCGGGCUUCGAAAUACGAUUAACAAAAUACUUGAGUUUUUCAAAAAAUGGCAAUUAUUGCAGUGCAAUAAGAAAAGAAUAAAAUCACAAGCUCAAAAACAAAAAGAAGUGAGUUUUGAACAAAAAAUUCAACAGUUAUUUAAUAUCGCUGGAAAAAACGGUCUAAGAAGUUUGAAUGGAGAGAUCAACAACUUUUCGGCUCAGAAACUAUUGAAUCAACCAGAAAUUUCUGAUAACUCCAGUUCACCAGAAACUUCGAGAAAAUAUGUUGAAAUUAUGGAAACCGAUGAGAUAGAAAUAGAUUUGGUUAAUGAUAAUAAUAAUAAUGAAAUUACACCUAGUCAAGAGUUACUAACAUCGUCGCAGUCAACUAUCAGUCAAAUUUCAAAUGUUUCCGAUUUUGAAACAGAAUUGUUGUCUAAAAAAAAUACCAAAAAUAAACAUUAUCACUCCAAAUUUAGCAGCUGCGCUUGAUCGUGCAAAUGUUAGCAACAGAAAUGCUACAUAUAUUUUGGCAGCUACCUUACAGAGCGUUGGAAUAGAUCUUCGGAAUGUUAAUUUAAGCUAUAAAACUAUCCAACGAAAUCGUAUACUUCUUCGAAAAGAAAUAGCUGAAG